AUCAAGUCAUCGCCGCCGCCAGGCUGCCGGCUCCCGGCAAACUCUUCACCGGAAACAGUUUAGAAAGCUUGUUAAUUCAAAUCAUAAUUGCGAAUUAUUUGGGGUGUUUUUAGAGAUGAAAAGAAUGAUAGCAUUGGGGUUUGAAGGAUCGGCCAACAAGAUUGGUGUUGGGGUAGUGACUCUAGAUGGCACGAUCUUAUCGAAUCCACGACACACCUAUAUUACUCCUCCUGGUCAUGGAUUUCUCCCUCGUGAAACUGCACAACAUCAUCUGCAGCAUAUCCUUCCCCUAAUCAAGGAGGCCCUAGAAACUGCUCAACUUACACGGAAUGACAUUGAUUGUCUUUGUUACACCAAGGGUCCUGGAAUGGGAGCACCAUUACAGGUUUCUGCUGUUGUUGUACGGGUUCUUUCACAGCUAUGGAAGAUUCCGAUCGUGGGUGUGAAUCACUGUGUUGCUCAUAUUGAAAUGGGGAGGAUCGUCACUGGGGCUGAUGAUCCUGUUGUUCUCUAUGUUAGUGGGGGAAACACACAGGUAAUUGCGUACAGUGAGGGAAGAUACCGAAUAUUUGGGGAGACAAUUGAUAUAGCUAUCGGUAAUUGCUUGGACCGGUUUGCUAGAGUUUUAAUGUUGUCAAAUGAUCCGAGCCCAGGGUACAACAUUGAGCAGCUUGCAAAGAAGGGAGAAAAGUUUAUAGACCUCCCUUAUGUUGUAAAAGGAAUGGAUGUGUCUUUUAGUGGAAUAUUGAGCUACAUUGAAGCCACUGCUGAAGAAAAGCUUAAGAACAAUGAUUGUACCCCUGCAGAUUUAUGCUACUCCUUACAGGAAACGCUAUUUGCUAUGCUUGUCGAGAUAACAGAACGAGCGAUGGCACAUUGUGACAAGAAAGAUGUUUUGAUCGUUGGUGGCGUGGGGUGCAACGAACGAUUGCAAGAAAUGAUGAAAGUUAUGUGUGGUGAAAGAGGGGGAAAGUUGUUUGCAACUGAUGAUAGAUAUUGCAUUGACAAUGGAGCAAUGAUUGCUUAUACAGGUCUUCUCGCUUAUGCUCAUGGAACCACAACUUCACUUGAAGAAUCAACUUUCACUCAGAGGUUCAGAACUGAUGAAGUUUUGGCAGUUUGGAGAGAUAAGGAAUCAUCCAAUAACACCUUAAAACAAACCACAAAUGAAAUUGGAUCUUAAGAGCACCCCGUGAAUUUAGCUGUUUUUGGUUCGUGUGUGUAGGAUCGUUACGUUAACAUGUUAUUGAUUAUCGUCUUUUGACUGGAUGCUGUAUAAUAGUUCUUUAACAUGAAAGAUUAUUGUUCAAUGUGUCAAGAUGACCCUUGGAA